AUGCCUCGCAAAGGGAGUCAAAAGGUCAGGACAGGAUGCAUUACUUGCAAAGUCCGGAAAGUCAAGUGCGAUGAAACCAAACCAAGCUGCUCUCGCUGUACAACCACUGGUCGCGUUUGUGACGGUCACGGUCCACGAGUCGACCGUCCACGCCAGUCCACUCUUGAAGGAGUGGCUUCCCUGCAUCAGCCACAUAUUGUCUUCCCAGGUACAACGGCCAAGGAGGGACGCGCUUUACAGUACUUCUGCGAGACUGCCGGGCCCGCCAUGUCAGGUACUUUGGACCCCUACUUCUGGACGCACCUUGUCAUGCAGCUCGGUGCCAAUGAGCCCGCGGUCAAGCACGCUCUUGUCGCGAUAAGUGUUCUCUUCGAGCAAGCCGACGGUUCGCAGGAAGACAUCACUGCGGGCCAGCGACUCGCCCACCAGAGACAGGGUUUGCACCAUUACAAUGCAGCGAUCCGGGAACUCAAGACUAAGGACUUGAAGGAGAAGCAGAGUGUUGUGCUUGUGGUCUGCCUUCUAUUCAUAUGCAUCGAGGCCUUGCGGUCAGAUGUGCAGUCGGCUGUACGGCACGGUCGACACGGGAUCGAAAUCUUAAAAGCCGCCUUGCCUAACAGCGGGUGGAUCAAAGAUCACUUGCUGCCCAUUUUCCGCCGCUUAAGCGUGUCAGCCUUUUACUUCAGCGAUAACGACGGCAUAUUUCUCGACAUGCCCGAUUUGUGGGAGCCUGCGCCCCGCUCCUUUACGACGGUGUACGAUGCACAGCGCAUGUUUGAUGUCAUCAUCGCCCGGAUAUCGCACCUAACGCUCGUCAUUGCCCAGUCAGGACAGAAAACAGAUGCAGACCAAGAGGGAACCAGAACACAAGCCUCUGAUUCUGACGAGCAUCGGGCUGAACAAGCUAUCGUCAAGAAUCUUUUCGAGAAAUUGCUGUAUCUAUUUGCUCAGCUCAUCGCCAGAAUACAUCAUGUUGAUGCGAGUGGGAAACGCCUGAGCUCCCACGAGCAAUACCAAAAGAAGAAGAUGCAAGUGUUCAUGCUGACUCGCUACGAGGCCGCUCGAAUCUGGAUAGAGAUGGCAUUUGAGGGAGAAACGCCCAGAACCAGGGACAAGUUCCUUCCUAACUUUCAGAGGGUGCUUAAGCAACUUCAAUGGCUCCAGUCCCAGAUGCCACAGGUUGUCCAGGCUGCCACCAGUCAGCAGUCACCGCAGUUUAUGUUCGAAAUGGGUUUCACCGCCAUCAUCUUCUACUUUGUGUCCGUAUUUCCUUACCCCGAAAUGAGGCUCGACUUCUUAAGGUUAAUGCAACUCUUCGGACUUCCGAAAGAGAACCUCUGGGAUCGAGACGUUUUAAUGGCAGCGGAGAGGAAGAUUAUCGAAGAUGAGAACGGCAUUAAGCUGGAAGGCUCUGAGUGGCCGUUCACGCUGCUCUCAGACCCGGGCUCCCUCAAAAAUGUUAUGGUAGAGGGUUCAUCAAAAUCUUCACGGCCUUUCUUAUUGCCGCCAGCGGGUUCUGACUCUCUCAUUGAUGAUUCCGCUUCCUUUGUCUUCAAUAAGACACUACAGUCACAUCCCUGGUGUUCUAUGCCUUGGAGCAUUGAGAUAGGUUCACGAGAAAGUGUGGAUCAAUAAACACAAGUGCUCCAUUAGAUAGGAGAUGUUGAGGCUCAUCAUCUAAAGUGCCUAUGAAUUGAU